UUCAUGGCUUUUAAGAUCUUUCAUCCCAUCUCCUUCAUAUUCCUCAUUUUCAUACUACUUGCUCCACUUGGCCAUGCCAAGAGGAGCACCCCAAGUGACAAAACCUCAUCAGCUUUUGAUUUCAUCAAAAAAUUAAAAGGUUGUCACAAGGGAAACCACACAAAAGAAAUCCACGAGCUCAAAGCCUAUCUCGAGAAAUUUGGUUACCUCAAAUAUGAAAACAAAUCCCAAGCCACUGAUGAUGAUUUCGACGAUAUCCUAGAGUCGGCAGUCAAAACUUAUCAAGAAAACUACCACAUCAAACCCUCAGGCAUCGUAGACGAUGCAACGAUAUCCCAAAUGACAACCUCGCGAUGUGGGAACCCUGAUAUCGCUAACGGCACUAACUUCAUGCAGCCUCAUGGCAAUAAACACGAGUCGGGCUCUAGCAACAUCCACACAGUGUCUCACUACACUUUCCUUCCAGGAAACCCUAAAUGGCCACCUACCAAAACCCAUCUCACUUUUCGAUUCUCCCCCAACUAUCCGGUAAGUUCUGUAGCCCCCGUGGCACGUGCCUUCCAUAAAUGGGACUUAGCCACACACUUCACCUUUGCACAAGUCGGAGCCAAUCAAAAUUCUGAUAUGAUCAUAGAGUUCCAUCGCCGUGACCACGGAGAUGGAUCCCCUUUUGAUGGCCCCGGUGCAGUCAUAGCUCAUGCAUUUCCACCGACCGAUGGAAGGUUUCAUUACGAUGGCGACGAGAGGUGGUCCAUUGGAUCGGUGGCGGGUGCGUAUGACCUUGAAACCGUUGCAAUUCAUGAAAUCGGACACCUUCUAGGGCUUGGACACAGUUCAGUUGGUGAAGCAAUCAUGUUUCCGUCGAUCAGUUCAGGACAGGUGAAGAACUUGCAUCCAGAUGAUAUCCAAGGAAUAAGGGCUUUGUACGGUCGCUAAAAUGGCAUACUAAUCUACUUUAUGUGUAUCGUUUGCAUGUGAAAAUAAUUUCCCUAUGUUGGGAUUUAUGUCAUACUACGUGUUUGCUUUUAUGUUGUUGUAACUUGUAUGGUGUGAAUUUGGACAAGUAGUCCUCAUUCAACAAGUUAAUUGAGUAAUGUUUUUAUGUUGGGAUUUUGUAAUAGGACUGAUUAAGGUUUAUCUUUAACCAGCCAUUACAUUUGUUUGUUCUUGUCAUAUCUAUAUACUCAUAAUUAAGUA